CAUUUACGAGAUACUCUUCAUAGUUUACGUGAUGAUGAAACUUGGUUUCAAGAAAUUAUACGAAGAAUUAGAGACUUGCUUAAGACUGCAUUGAAUAUUACACCAGGAAUUCUGACAAUAGCGGGAGUCAAUCUUCCAAAUGAUUGUUCAAUCUUAUCAAUACUUACUCAAAUACGUCAAAGUUUAAGUUUUAAAUAUCCAGUAGCAUCUUAUUAUAUAGAUUGGAGAAUUAUGUUAAUAAUUCAACACAAUCU